UGAAACAUUGAAUGCUUCUACCCGGGAUUUUGUUUCUGAAAACCGAAUGUCGUGGAGCACUAGACAGUUAGAAAGAAAUGUAUGUGGAUACUCAAGACCAGUCAACUAUGAGACAGGGAAUUAUAAUUCAGCGCCACCUUAUCAAUUUUUCUGUCAGUUAGCACAUGGAAGUCCAACAGGCAUAAUUCAUGGGUUUACAACUAUUCGACAGCUCUAUUCAAAAAUAUCAGAGUGCUUUGAUAUAAGUCCCUCUCAGAUAAUGUUCUGUACAAGAAAUACGCAUAAAUUAGAUAUGGAUAAGCUGUUAUCCUAUGAAAUUGGCUUGAAUGAUUUCCUUUUCGCUCAUAUACAAGGUCAACCGAAAGAGAUUAAAAUACGCAAAACAAGUGAAUCAUUCGGUUUAACACUGACAGAUAAUGGUUGUGGUGUUGUCAUUAUAAAACGUUUACAACCAAAUGGUUUAAUGGAUAGAGUAUCAAAAGCCUGUGGCAGUCUAAUACAACCUGGUGAUCAAAUUGAAAAAAUUAAUGAUAUAUCAUUCACGGGUAAACGUCAUUAUCAUGUUGCUGGAUAUUUACAAAGUAUUCCUUUUGGAGAUGUAUUCUGUCUUCGAUUAAUUUCACCAGAACGUUGUCCUAUGUAUAUGUUAAGUUCACGAUCGAGCGGUAGAAGUGGGCGUCAAAUAGAAUCAGGCAAUAGAACAAUACGUUUAAGACAAGAUGGAAAAGUUGUAGAGAGUGAAAUAGUGGAUGUUGAAGUCGAAGGUACACAAAGAAUUAAUAACAUUCUUGGUGAGUGUUUAGGAUUUGAAGACAAUGAACUUGCAUUCUACAUUUACGAAUUGGCUAAGUCAUCCUAUCUCCCAAGGGAUUUAGAAUAUCAUAUCAAUAAUAGUAAAUUAUUUGAUUUCAAUUUACCCAGAAAUUUGAUCAGUAAACUAUGGAGAGUAGCAAAUCUACAAGAAUACGCUAUCACUACUGCACGAUCAUCACAGCAUAGAUAUAAUACAAAUUAUAAUCCUACUUUUGAUUUGAAAACAAAUCUUUGAAUGGAAAGACUGACUGACACCUUGCUGAACACAAAUUUAUCACUUUGCUAUUAUUUAUGAGAAAAAUGUAAUCACUAGCUCUGUUGUACAUUGAUUAUGAAGUCAAUUUUCUAAUUUAUUUUUUUUAUUAUUUUACUCGCACUCACAGGUAGGUCACAUUAAUCAAUUUGAUGUGGAUGAGUUGAUGUAAAGAUGUCAUCCGCCUCCUUCUUUUGUGUGUGUAUGUGUGUGCCGGUGUGUGUGCUAGGAUAUUUUUUGCAUUGUAAUUUCUUUUCUUUUCUUUUGAUUAUCCUUUUGUAUUAUUGUAAGCUUGCCUCUCUCUCCAUCUCUGCUUAUGCUUAAAUAACUAUGCUCAAAAAUAUACGCC